GAUUGCUCAGAAGAGCCGAGUACCAGAAAGAACCAGAAUCCCUUCUACUCUUCUUCUUAACUAUAUAAACCACGCACUUGUGCAUCGUCUUCAUCAUCAAGAACAAUUUCUAAGCUUCUUGUACGUCUACUCUCAAACAGACAAUCUUUCAUACCAACCAGCUAAUCUUUCUUCAUCAACCAUGUCACUCAUUCAACGAACCAACAUCUUUGAUCCCUUUUCUUUGGACAUCUGGGAUCCCUUCCAAGGCUUCCCUUUCACCAGCACCAUCGCCAAUGCUCCCGCUUCAGCAAGUGAGACCGCUGCAUUUGUGAACGCGCGUAUUGAUUGGAAGGAGACCCCGGAGGCUCACGUAUUCAAGGCUGAUCUUCCUGGGCUUAAAAAGGAAGAGGUGAAGGUCGAGGUGGAGGAAGGCAGAGUGCUCCAGAUCAGUGGGGAGAGGAGCAGAGAACAGGAGGAGAAGAAGGAUAAAUGGCACCGGAUUGAGAGGAGCAGUGGGAAGUUUCUGCGCCGGUUCAGGUUGCCCGAAAAUGCAAAGAUGGAUCAGGUGAAGGCUAGCAUGGAGAAUGGCGUGCUCACUGUGACUGUCCCAAAGGAGGAGGAGAAGAAGAAGCCUGAGGUUAAGGCCAUUGAGAUCUCCGGCUAAUUCAGAAAAUAUGUUGAUCUAGCUCUGAGACUGUUUUCUACCUGAAAUAAAAGAGUAUUAUGAUAAAUGCUCUAGUUUGUUUGUCAAAGUGUGUGGUGAGUGUGCUUUAAUCUUUACUCUGUGCGGUUUGUGUCUAUUAAAAUGGUGGUCUGCAUCAUUGUAAUGUUACUGGUAUGCUAGUGAAUGUAUCUGAACUUGUCUCUCUAUUCAGAGAAAGGCCCUAAAGUUCCUUCUUUGCA